AUGGCUGCAGAAAAGAAAGAAGUGGUGCUCACGGCGACAGUCGAAGAGCCACUUGAUUUGUUGCGUCUGAGUUUAGAAGAGAAGGUUUAUGUGAAAAUGCGUGGAGACAGAGAGCUUCGAGGACGUUUGCGCGCAUUCGACCAACAUUUGAAUAUGGUUCUUUCCGACGUCGAGGAAAUUGUUACAACGCGCGAGACCGACGAAGAAUCGUUUGAAGGAAUUUACCAGCAAACGAAAAGAUCGGUCCCAAUGCUAUUCGUGCGCGGCGACUCUGUGAUUCUCGUGUCGCCUCCAAUUCGAGCUUCUUAA